AUGGAAGAGUCAUGGUCGUCGGGCGGUGCGCCGCUGCUGCGCACUCGGUCGCUGCCGCUGGUGCUCGAGGCUGCAAGCGGCGGUGCUCCCACGCGCCAGACAAAACUCGACCCGCGACAGCUACUUACGCUCACAAGACAUUACUACCCAGAAGGAGGAUGGGGCUGGGGCGUAGCGGCUGCAGCUACACUUGCACAGAUUCUCGCCCAUGGCCUACACCAGGCCGCCGCUGUUCUCGCCGUGGAAACCGUCAAACGUUUCGGACCGGAAGUCCGCAUGCAAGCAGGAUGUCUGGGUGCGCUAUCAGCAGGAGUCGCUCUUGCGCUAUCACCUGUGACGGUAGCGCUGUGUGUACGCAAGUCGACGCGCGUCACCGCUGUGGUUGGCGGCCUAGUUGCAGCCCUAGGAUGCCUCUUCACCUCAUUUGCAACUCAAUUUCACCAGCUAUUCUUCAGUUAUGGAACAGUGGUAGGAGUAGGGGUGGGUUUGACAAGAGAUUGUUCCACAUUAAUGGUGGCUCAGUACUUCAAACGACGACGAGAACUGGUCGAAAUAUUUAUCGUCAGUGGCAGCGGUCUAGGCAUCGCCGUUAUGUCUACUUUCAUCAAAUGUGCAAUCAGAGCAAUCGGAUGGAGAUUAGGGCUGCAGGCUGUAACAGGAGUAGUUUUCGUAACCUUUAUAUUGGGUACAUUUUAUCGAUCUGCAUCUCUCUACCACCCACAGAGAAGAGCAAUAUUACAUCUUAAAAACCAGAAUAAGAUCAAACGUAAGCUGAAGGACAGGAACAAGGCAGAUGACCGUCCACCAUUUUUUGACUUUUCUACGCUAAAGUCGAAGACAGUUAGAAUUUUGCUCAUGUCUACCGGGAUAUCGGCAUUUGGGAUCAAUACGCCUAUAUUUUAUUUGGCUUAUCAUGCAGAAGAGGAAGGACUGGGUGACACAGUAGAACUUUUACAAGCCUACCUCGGGUUAGCCUGGGCAGUGGGUUGCGCAGCGUUUGGUCUCCUGGUACGACAGAAAUCGACCGAAUGUAGAAUCGCACGGCAGUACCUCACACAAGCUGCCGUAUUCGUGUGUGCUAUAUGUACUAUGGCACUCACUGCUGUCGAGGGCUCCUAUAGAGGAUAUGUAAUGUUUACUUGGGUCUAUGGUAUAUUUUGCGGCGGGUACCACUAUUCGCUAAAGAUGUAUACAUAUGAACGAGUGCGGUCGAGGAACUUUGCACGAACUUGGGGCUUUGUGCAGUGUUCACAGGCUGUACCCAUCGCAAUAGGCGUCCCAUUGUCAGGUUACAUAAACGUUGGUUGUGGUGGUAAAGCAGGCUACUACUUCAGCUCGACGUGUUCGCUCAUCGGCUCCCUGUCCCUCUUCUGUAUAGAUCUUCAUAAGCGCAGUGUAGCGCAUAAACACACCAAAGAAAACGGUGGAACAGUCGCGUGCGAGUCGACGUGCGAGCCGCCGCGCCGCAGUCGCGAGCCGCGCGCCGCCGCUGGCGCCGCCACCGCGCUAGUUCUAGGAGCAGAAUUAGUAGCCCCCGGUCGAAUGGGCCGCGACCUCCUUUUAGACAGCAUUCGGCCCGGCAGCCUCGGUUCGCCCCCGCCCAACGUGCCGCCAGAGCUCACCUGCAUUAGCGAGGAAGGCGGUCUGGACCUCGACCUGGAUCUAGACAUACCCGAACACCUCCUCGAGGACCUGGAUUGCGGGGGUGACUGUAUCACUAGUUGUAAUAAGGUGGAAAACUAUUUGAUGUUGAGCGAAUACGAGAACAACCUUAUAGCGGAACUACCAAAUCAGAACGAGCGGCGAGGACGUCGUUGGUCCAUCGUAGUGGCGAACUCCUCGCCGCAAGCCUCCACUAUUGCUGAACAUCCCGCCUCACCAGAAGUACAUAGCAAAAACUCCAUCAAGUGGAAGAAAAAGUGCCAUAAUACUAGUAGUAGGCUGAUAACAGUGAUCAACGAAGCGUCGUUAUAA